UUCAGUACCACGAAGUCCGCCUCGGAGGAACAACCGAGGCUUAUUCACCCCCCACGAAAUACCCAUUUUUUAAAGAGCUAUUUUCGUCUCUUUCUCGAGUCUCUGCUUUACUCUCAUUCUCUUCUUCCACUUGUCCUUCUCUUUGUGGUCUUUCGUGUCUGUCUUUAUUCGUAAAUUACAACGAAUGUGAUUUUUAUAACGAUUUUUUUCCCCCCUCUCCAAAGUGACACAACGAAAUAAGAUUUUAUUUGAUCUAUCUUGUCUCUUCUCUUUUAUUGUAUCUCAUUAUCUCCCCUUUUUCUCUUCUGUCAUUUCCUCUCACCUCUUUCUCUCUGUGGGAAAAAGCCUGUAAAUUGUGUGAAAAAUGGAUUUGAAGAAAUUGGCAGGUCAGGCAGGCCAGUUCCUCACCAGAGCUGUUCAGUACACUGAAGAAAAGUUGGGCAGUGCUGAGAAGACAGAGCUGGAUGGCCACUUUGAGUCCCUGUCGAUACAGUCGGACUCAGCGCGGAUAUGGACCGAGAAGCUGGUGGCAGGAGCAGAGGCAGUGCUUAUCCCCAACCCGGGAAACCGCGUUGAGGAUAUGCUUUUUGAGAAAAUAGAGAAGCGCCGUCCAAACAGACUCAGCAACCUCGAGUACCUUGGCCUGGAUAUGGUUCAGGCAGGCAAUGAGUUUGGCCCUGGGACAGCCUAUGGCUCAGCACUCCUGAGAGUAGGAGGAGCCGAGCAGCGUCUGGGCCUCAUUGAGAGGGAGUUCAUUAGCAAUGCCGUCCAAGGCUAUGUGCAGCCUAUGAGGAAGUUCCUUGACACGGAGAUGAAAACCAUAAUGCGCGAGAAAAGGCUGUUGGAGACCAAGAGACUUGACUUAGAUGCUUGCAAAAGUCGCCUCAGAAAAGCUCGGUCAAUGGAUGGGCAGUCAGCACAAAAGGAUGCCGUGGACCCCAAAGUAUUGGUUGCGCAGACUCCAUAUCAUCUCUCCAGGCAGUCCAUAGCGGAGGCAGACUUGAGAAAGGCCCAGGCGGACUUUGACAGGCAGGCUGAAAUUACAAAACUUCUUCUGGAAGGUGUCAGAUCCUCGCAAGCUGCCCACCUGCGCCACCUGAACGAAUUAGUUGAGUCGCAGGUGCGGUAUUAUGAAGAGUCCCAAAAAGUGAUGGUUGAACUGCAGAAAGAGAUGGCCAGCCUCUCCCUGAUACCCGAUGCUACUGUUGGUUCUGCUGUUGUCCCUCCCACUACAACAACAGCGACUAGCAAUGCUUCGGCUCCCACACUUACGUCAGCUGGCACAACCGUUGGUGUGGAUGGAGAAGCUAAGAGUGUUGAUGAAGCAGGCCCUUGGAGACGAGCGAAGGUUGUGUGCGACUAUGAUGCCACCAGCAAGGAUGAAAUGAGUCUGAUGAUGAAUGAGGUUGUCAUGUACAGCAGCAAGGACGGAGAGUUGGCCGACUUCGUAAUGGCAAAGCGUGGAACCCAGACCGGCCGCGUACCCAGUGCUUAUCUUGAGCCCAUGGAUGACUGAGAGUUAACCACAGUUGAACUCUGUUAAUUCCCUUUCAACAGACCAUGAGCAAAUGGCGGGAUUUAUAACAUAGGUCUUCGCUAAUUUAAAUACUGGGUUAGGGGAUUUAAGUUAUUUGCCUGCUUGCUUGCUUGUUUAUUUGAGAAAGUUGGUUAACAGAGUUUGACUGAGGUUUUCCAAACGUUUCCCUGAUACCACAUAAUUUCUCUUUAUGCUGUAAGAAAUCAUGCAUGUGAUUAUCUGUACUGUUUAUAUAACAAUCUUAAUCACUUGAUAUAUUUCUUAAUAUGACUGUCUUUCAUUACUUUAUCUUUGUCUUAUUCAUAAUCUCCUUGUGGUGCUUUGGUGCUGUCAGGAUGUGAUGUUUCUUUCAUGUAUUACACAUAAUUAUAAGGGAAGGAAAGAUACAAGAUUUUGUACCUGUAUUAAUAGUAGCAGUAAUGAAUUUUUCAUCCUUUUGGCUGGGUUUAGAUUUUUUAUGUAUUUUUUUAGUGUGUGUUUUGAAAUCUUGCUUUGAGAAUUGAAUGUAGUUUAGUUUAAUUCACCCUUUUUUAUAUAAACAUUUCCAAAGGAUGCCAGGUAGCAGAGAGAAUUUAGAGUAAAAGGCAUUUAGAUGGCUGAGUGCUAGAGAUUUAUCUUGUAAAUAGAUAGCGUAGAUAGCCUAGUCACUGGGGGAAAAUCUAUAUCAUCCUGUCUUUUACUACUACUUUAUUUCUUGAUGCUGGUUUGUUUGUUUGAGUUACAAGUUCCUAGUUUGUCUAUUACUCUUUACUUGUCAUAUAUUUAACACAAGGACAAAAUCAAACAGCGCAUCCCCUCUCUGAAAUAUUGUCUUAAAUAAAAUCUUCAUACAAGUGUAUAAUGCAAGUGGAAGAGGAUAUUUUUUCCUCUUUUUUUCAAUGUUUUUAGUGUCAUUUGUGGUUUAGAGUGAAAAGCACUGAAAGUCUCAGUACACCUCCAGGUAAACAUAUAUAAAUUAUAUGUUAGUAAUAAUGAUUUCAGAAGUACUUGUGAAAGAUAGAAGUUGGAAUGAGAUUUGAGCUUUAUUAUUUAUUAAUUUUUAUUUUUUUUGCAACGUCCUGGUCUUUCUCCCUCCUUUUUUUCAUAGGAUAUUGUAUCACUUAAUCUGCUGAUGCCGGGGAAGGCAUAUAUAGAUGCCCUGUCUGCUCUGAUUUUAGCUUACUAAAUUUCUUGUCUCAUAGAUGGCUUAACAAAUGCUUAGUCAUCAAGGAAUCAAUUACUAUGCCUACCUGAUCUUACCUGUUUGCCUAAUUUCCCUGAAUUUUUGGAAAAAAGUUUUUAAACUUAUUAUUAUUUUGUUAAUAAUGUUAUUGUAAUAAUAAUAAUGUCAAUAAUGAUUAUAAUAGUAAUAGAACAAAACUACUUUUCUUGAAGAUUCAAAGAAUGGGAUAAACCAAUGAAUUUACAUAAGCCUAAUAAUCGAUAUCUUGCUGACUCAGUGCUUGUGAAGCCAUUUGUGUUUAAACAAAACUGACAAAACACAACUGGUUAGUGCAUAUACCUGGUACCAGUAGAUUCAUACAAAUAGUAUAACUUGGGAUUAAAGAAAUUUUAGCUCAAGAGACUAGGAACUGUUAUUAAUGCUGAGAAAUGUUUAAAGAAAAAAAUAUUGUUAGUACUUAUUAUACUUUUUCUCAGAAAAUUUAUAUUUCACAGUUGUUGAAUGUAGUGUUUUUGUUUGUUUGUUAUUUUUUUUUUUAAGUUUCAGAAAAAUUAAGAAUUAAAAAAAGGAACACUGAGUAAAGGAACAAUAGUGAAUGUAUAUCAUAUAUAUAUAUAUAUAUAUAUAUA